GUUCAGUAGAAAAGCGUGUUGACUUCGUGGGGCGAAUUUGUUUAAAUUAAUUUAAAUUUCAUCUUUAAAAUGGUUUAAUUUUCAUCAUCAUCAUCAUCAUACCAAAUUAUUGUCUACUUUCCCCCCUUUCUUUUUCUCUACCUCUUAUUUUUUCUUUUUUUUUCUUUUUUCUUUAGUUUUUUCUUCAUUUCAAUUUUCUUCUCUUUCUUAGUCUGUCUUUUUCUCUCUCUCUCUCUCCUUCUCCUUCUCCUUUUUCUCUCUCCCUUCUCUCUCUCUCUCAGUCUCUCAACAUAUUUACCUUUAAAUUUCUCUCUGUCAUCUUUACCAUCUUCUUUUCCUUGAUUUUGGUUAAUUGUUUGCAACUUUGCCCGUGAAACGACACUAAAUUAACAGGAGAGGGAGAACACGUAUCCAGCUCACUUAAACAACAUAGACGCUCUCCCUUUAAGUUUCUCUUUUUACUCUCUUUCUCUCUCCAUCUUGAUUGACUUUGCGAGAGACAGCAGGCAAAAAGGAAGUAGAAGUUAUAACUCACUCUCACUCUCUCAUUUUUUUUUCUUUCUUUCUCUUUCUCUUUCUUUCCUUUUCUUUCUUUCUUUCUUUCUUUCUUUCUCUCUCUCUCUCUCUCUGUAUCCCCUUUAUCUCCUUCCCUUUCCUUGUUUUUCUCUAUCUUUAUAUAUCUCUCUAUUUCAUCCCAAGUCUAUUGACUGACCCUCACCGAUAAACUGUCCUUCAUCUUGAUUCCUCUUUCUGUUGUCGUCAUCAUCAUCCUCCUCACCGUCAACACUCAUACUCUCACAUCAUACAACACACCGCCUCAACCACCACCAUCAUCAUCUUCACCACCAUCAUCAACAUCACACCACCACCACCUUCAUCAUUUCCACCUUAAAACCAAUCCAGCUUAUCACACCAACAACUGACCCCAUCACCUUUUUUUUUGCUGACCAGGGAUUUUGAGAUACAACAUAAACAUUGAACCUCAUAUUUACAUAGACCAGAUAUUAACUCCCAAGACCACAGAGAAACGACUGUCAACUAUCUCAAUCAACCUGGAGGAGAGCCAUGUUCAAUAACUCUUCCUCAUCCAGUGUAGGCGGUAAUGAUAGCUGUUACCAUUUCAAGAUAUUGGUGCCAGCGGUCGCCGCCGGUGCCAUUAUUGGUAAAGGUGGUGAGACAAUAGCUCAAUUGCAAAAGGAUGCCGGUGCUCGGGUUAAAAUGUCCAAAGCAAAUGACUUUUACCCCGGUAAUUACGAAGGUACCUCUGAACGUGUCUGUCUAAUAUCCGGCAGCGUUGAUGGUAUUCUUCGCAUCCAUGAGUUUAUUAUGGAAAAAAUUAAGGAAAAACCUGAUCCAAACGCUAAAAUGGCGAUAGAUUUCGACCAUAAGCAGCCAGCCGAAAGGGAAAAACAGGUUAAAAUAUUGGUUCCUAAUAGUACCGCGGGUAUGAUAAUUGGUAAAGGUGGAACAUACAUUAAACAAAUUAAAGAGGAAAGCGGAGCAUAUGUACAAAUAUCACAGAAAUCACGGGAUCACGCACUGGCAGAGAGAUGUAUCACAGUUAUCGGUGAACCGGAUAACAAUAAAAAAGCAUGUGCAAUGAUUAUAUCGAAAAUAGUCGAAGAUCCACAAAGUGGAAGUUGUCUUACUGUAAGUUAUGCCGAUGCUACUGGACCAGUUGCUAAUUUCAACCCUACUGGCUCACCUUAUGCCAACAUUGGAACCUCAAGUGGUCAAUCUAAUGUCACCAAUAGUAAUCCAUCUUAUAGUUCAAAUGGUUCUCUGAAUAGUUUAAGCCCUACCUUAGCAAAUAGUUUCAACAGCCCACAAGGAACCGGUACACCAGGAGGUAUGUUACAAUUUGGUGGAGUUGGCCUUGGACCUACUAUCCCGCAAGCAAAUUCUGCUCAAAUGAUUGAAAGUAUCAAAGCCAUGCUUCGUGUCUCUGGUUACUCAGAAGAAGCAGUUUCUGAGAUAUCAUCAGCCAUGAACACAUUAGCCAAUUAUGGAAUGCUUGGUUUAGGACUUGGUUUGGGUGGUAUGUUUAAUAACAUUAAUGGUGCUCCCAUGAUUAGUUCACUUGGUAUGGGUAUGGCAACAUCUACUCCUGUACCUAAUAAUUGUGGCCUGGCCAUGGGCUCUGUUGGAGGCGGUGGUAAUGCACCAAUGUUUACUUCUCAAGGAACCGGAGUUCCUGGUUUAGAUACGUGUAACAAUGUUGCAGCAAAUUCGUCGGCAGUAGCCGCUGCUGCGGCUGCUGCAGCAGCCAACGCCGGUGGAAAUGGUUUAUUCGGUUCAGUUGGUAAUACAGCAACCGGAAUUUCAGGUUUAAGUAUGAAUCAUAGUGGCUUUGGAUCACCUACUGGAACUCGUGGUGGAGGUGGUCCUGAUCGAUUAACCAUGCCUGACGGAUCUGUUUAUGAUCCAUUUCGUCGAUCAUCUCCAUCCAUAGGAUCUCCUGGAGCAGCAUCAUCUGGAGGUCCUCAAUUAAACGUUAAUAACAAUUCAUUUGGACUGGGUACUGUACUCAAUAGCCCAACCUCAUUACGGAAAAGUCCGACACCAACUGACGGCCAAGAUGCGCAAAAAGUUGAAGUCGAAAUUGGUGACAAUAUAGUGGGAGCCAUACUUGGACACGGUGGUAAAUCUCUGGUUGAAAUUCAACGUAUCAGUGGAGCUAAUAUUCAAAUAUCUAAAAAGGGUAUUUUUGUUCCCGGAACCCGAAAUAGAAUCGUUACCAUCACAGGAACACCUCAUUCUGUUAACACAGCUCAAUAUCUUAUAGAGCAACAGAUCAACGAAGAAGAAGCUAAAAGAGCUCGACAAAAUUCAACCACGUUGAGUAGUGUUCUCUGUUAAAAUCAAAUCCAUUGAUUCUCUCUCUCUCUCUUUCUUUCUUUCUCUAUUUCUUUCCUUUCCUUUUCCUAUCUUUACUUUCUUUCUCAAACCAAAUCCCCCACGCAUGUAACAACCAUACAUAUACAACCACAACCACAACCACAACACACAACACUUUUUUCAAUCAACACCCAAAAUUAACUUAAUUAUGUCAACGGCAACAACGACAGCAAAAAAAGCCUUUGUUCACUGACUCAUCAUCCUUCCACAUUUUCUCUAUCUCUCCCUGUCGCCCUCUCUCUCUUCACACCGCAUGAAGAAAAAAAACAAACACGCGAUAAACGCGAUAAUCACAUAUGGAAACAACAUUGAAACAAAAAUGAGAUAAACAAAAAAACAAACAUGCAUGACGCUGUUGUCAAAUAUAAUUGUUUCUUUUUCGCAUAUAUAAAACGCAAAAAUCAUCUCAUUUCAAUCAAAUUAAGUUAAUUUAGAUGCGUCUGAAAUCCCGUGUGAAAUAUUUUUUAUAUUAUAUAAGUAACAUAUUCAUAAAAAAUACACACCUUUCUCUCUCUCUCUCUUUCUCUCUCAUUGCAAAUAGUCAGGGUAUCUAAGAAAAUAACAGUAACUCGCUUCAUCCUCAACACCAACAACAACUUCAAUCCAAAACCAUCAAACAAAAAACACCAACACAACACCAACAACACACAUGAAACAUGCUACAUAAACACAACAUUACACAUACACAAUGCAUUACAUUCAACAAACAAAAACCUCGCCCCAUUAUCAUUGAUACAAAAACUAUUGUUUACUGUUAAUAUAUUAGACCCAAAACCUUUUUUUUUUGUCAACUAAAUUGUUCGAACCAUCAUCAGUCAAUCUUCAUCUUCAUCCAUAGAAGACAAAUUCACAUACACACACACAAAAUUCACAAUCAGUUGUUAAUUUAGGUUUAAAAUUUUCUUUCAUCUCUCAAUAAACUACAUCAGCAUCGCAA